AUGUCCCGGUCCUCUAAGGAGCUAGCCAGAUACGCGACCAAUGUCAGGCGGUCGUGCUUCAAGCCAGACCUCGUGCCAAAGGUUGACGAUCGUAAACCUGGUACAUGGGUUAUUCUCCGGCAUAGUAUCGUGCAUUUCAGUGUACCUUCGGUAAUCAGCAGAGCAGAGGUUGAGUUUCAGCAAGAAAACCGCAAACGAAUCACGAUGGUGGUGGUCGUCCAGAGAGGAAUGAAGCCCGGAAUCGGUCGGACUGGCCGAUCAAGCCGUUCCGUUUCCCGGGGUACUCCCGGCCCGCACCGCGCCGACUGGAGGACUGGCAAAGUGCCGGACCUCCACACUCUCUGGUAUGUCACCCUUCGUGAACGAAACCUCCUCGCUACCCAACGCGAAGAGGCACGACGCAUGGGUAUCAAAAUCAACUUGCAAGCGCAAACGGUGAUGGCUGGCGCGUGCCGAAAAACUAUGGCCCGUAUCAAGGCUGUUAUGAACGAGCGACGGUUGGCCUACCAAGGAGCAGUCAAACUCAUCAAGGAGCACCAGGAACAAAUCGAGGACAAGAAGCUUCUCCAACUUCGACAUGACGCCUUGAUUGAAGCUCAGCAAGAGCUUACCGCGUUCACCAAGCAAGGAAGGAUACUCCGCCGACAGAGGUUGAGGCAAGAAGCUCAAGCCCGAAAGGCGCUGGAGGAGGAGGGCUUGUUGAAGGCCGCCAGCGAGACGACCGAAGCCGCCGAAUCUUCUACCAAUGCUGAAGCCUCUUCGACACCUGCAGCUGAAGCUACCCAAGCUGUACCAGAACCGGCCAAGGAGAGCGAAUCCGCCCCUGCUGCGCCCGAGGCAUCCUCUAGACCCCAGACUGCAGCAGAGACCGCGACUGCUGGACUCUUUGGAGACGUUCCCAACCGAAAGUAG